CCUGGUCUCUCUACCAGUUUCCCUCGAAUUCAUUUGCCAGAUAGCGAGAACCCCAUGGAUCUCUUCAAUUCUCCCCAAUUCGCCGCCCGUGUCGAGGAGCUGAUGGCCGAGCAUCAUGUGCCCGGUCUGGCCCUCGCGCUCGUCCACCACGAUCGAAUCGCCUCGGCCGGCUACGGCCACGCAUGUCUCAAUCCACCCCAGCCAUGUACCCCGGACACUCUCUUCGACAUCGCCUCCGCCUCCAAAUCCCUAACGGCAGCCGCCGUCGCCCUGCUGGUCGACGAUGACCAAUCCUAUCCCGAUGUGCAGUACACCACCCCCAUGUCCCAUCUGCUGCCCGACGACUUCGUCAUGCCGGGUGAGGAAUACACCCAAGGCGUCACGGUCGAAGACAUCCUCUCGCACCGGACAGGAAUGCCUGGUCACGACCUCUCCUACAUGAGCCCCCGCGCACGCCAGCCGGAUGAUGCCCGGUCGGUCACGCGAAACCUGCGACAUCUGCCCGUGGCCGCCCCGAUUCGAUCCAAGUACAUGUAUUGCAACAUGAUGUACACGGUGGCCACGCAUCUGGUCGAGCACAAGACCGGCCAAUCCUUUGCGGAUUACCUAGAGGAUCACUUCUUCCGACCGCUGGGCAUGGACUCCACGAACUUGCAACCUCAGCGUGCUCGAGACCGGGGACUCGGUGAUCGCAUCGCCACGGGGUAUACCUGGCAGGCCGAUGAUGAGAAAUACCAUGGCUUUCCGACGCCCGAUUGUCCCGAGGCUCAAGGCGCUGGUUCUAUCAUGACGAGCGUGAAUGACUACAUCCAAUGGGUCCAGGCUAUGAUCAAUCGCAAAGGACCCAUCACCGAUAGUGUCUACAAGGGUCUCGUUCAGCCACGAAUCAUCACCGAUCCUGCCUCCGAGCAUCUGGAUCCACUCACCUCGCCGACGUUGUACGCCGCCGGUUGGGAAGUUCGGUACUACCGGGGGCACCUGGUAGUCAGCCACGACGGCGCCAUCUCCGGCUUCGGGACCUCUCAUUUCUUUCUCCCGGAGCAUAAUUUUGGUGGGGUUAUCUUUGGAAACUCCGAGGCCGGAAACCCAGUGGCAGACAUCCUGGCCCGUGAACUGAUCGAUGAGGUACUCCAGGUGCCUCUCGCAGACCGACCAGACUGGAACAGCAUUGUCUUUGCGGAGUGGACGAGAAGUGAUGAUCCCAGCGAGGAGGAGCUACGACAGAAGCUGUGUCCCGGGGCCGAGCAGUCACAGCCUCAGGAGCUAUCGCUCAGCGCAUAUACAGGCGAGUUUUAUAACCCGGGGUACCAUUCUCUGACGGUGGAUACGAAAGACGACCGGCUGUUCAUUGACGCCAGGGAUCGGUCCUUCGGGUUCACGCUCACGUUGGACCAUGUCUGUGACCAAAGCAAGUAUAUUGCUCAUCUGAGCGACUUUCUAGAGGGCGGAGAUGUUCCGUUCGUGGCGGAGUUUGAGCUCGAGAAUGGUAGGGCCGUCCGGUUGGGGCUGGACUUGGAAGUGGACUUGGACGGUUUGGUUUGGUUUGAGAGGAUAUAGGCAGAACUGUGCGUCCAUAUAUAUUCUAAUGAGAAUAUGGGGAGCAUGUCUGUUCGUCCGAUUUUCUCACUAUAUAAUUCGCACUGCGAUCGGUGGCAUCCCCACCAUGUAUCGACCUUGAUGUUAACAAAAUUCGACCCAUCACCCUUGAUUUGAGACCCAUCAGGCUCAUCCUUAAAUCCGU